AUGGCUUUUAGGAUGGUUAUCGAUCUUGGCUAUUUCUCGGACCGACCUUUUGAUGGUACCGAUGCACAACAGCCAGCCCAUCAGGCCCUCAGCUUUCACUUGAGAAGAGCUCUAACUCUUCUAAAUGCCCUAUCGACGCUGCUCGAGCCGUCCAACGACAUGAUCGAGCAGCAGCCGUGGACAGCGUGUGGAACCGAACAGACUACAAUGGUACAUACGGCCUCACCCUCAAAUGCCGCAAUGUGUUUCAGCAAUCUCUGCGCCAUAGGAAAGGUCGUCAAUGAGAUCUUGCUUGGGAUAUACAGUGAACGCCAUACCGAGGAUGCCGGUUUGUUGAUCAGAUCGACUCGCCAGAAGCUUGAAAACGGCGUGAAAAUUGGUCUUCGAUCCUGA